AAUGUGAUAAAUAUUACUAUAAAUAUAGAAAUACAUUAAGUCUCAAAUUGCGAUAGACAUUAGAGUCUGAGUUUUUGUUCGGUUGUGUAUCCUGACCAACAUAGUCAUCCAUAUAAGUGGCUUUUAUAUGAAAUAUAAGAUAAGAGAAAGCUUUUAAACUCACAGGAAAAUCAUCAGUGGUAUCAAUGGGAGGAGGAGUUGGUUCUGGUGGAGAAAACUCAACAGAAUUCAACAAGUAUGCAGCUGCAUGUGCCAUAGUUGCUUCAAUGAUAUCCAUUAUAUUUGGCUAUGAUACUGGUGUGAUGAGUGGAGCAAUGAUAUUCAUCGAAGACGACCUUAAAAUCCAUGAUUCACAAGUGGAAGUCCUUGCCGGAAUCUUGAAUAUAUGUGCCUUAGUGGGUUCCCUUCUCGCCGGACGAACAUCCGAUUACAUUGGCCGACGAUAUACAAUUGUUAUAUCGUGCAUCAUCUUCAUGCUUGGUUCAGUGCUAAUGGGAUAUGGUCCAAAUUAUGGCAUCUUAUUAACAGGAAGGUGCAUAGCAGGAAUUGGUGUAGGUUUUGCUUUAAUGAUUGCUCCAGUUUACUCAGCAGAAGUUUCAUCACCAUCAUCAAGAGGUUUCUUGACCUCUUUACCUGAACUUGGUAUAAGUAUUGGCAUUUUGCUUGGCUAUAUUUCCAAUGUCAUAUUUGGGAAAUUGUCUUUGAAACUCGGUUGGAGAAUAAUGCUUGGAAUUGUUGCGAUACCUUCGAUUGGAUUAGCCUUUGGUAUCCUGCAAAUGCCAGAAUCUCCAAGAGGGUUGAUUCUGCAAGGUCGUUUAGGUGAAGCUAAGAAAGUCUUGCUCAAAGUUUCCAAUUCUGAAGAAGAAGCAGAAGUCCGUUUCCGUGACAUAAAAGUUGCUGCAGGAAUUGAUAAGAAUUGCAACGAUGAUUUCGUCAAGCCAACCCAGAAAACCCACGGCGAAGGGGUAUGGAAAGAACUAAUCUUAAGGCCAACACCUGCUGUAAGACGGAUACUAGUCGCAGCAAUAGGAAUCCAUUUCUUUGAGCACGCAGUUGGUAUUGAAGCAGUUGUAUUAUACAGUCCAAGAAUCUUCAAGAAAGCUGGUAUAACCGGCAAAGAAAAGCUCUUGCUUGCAACAGUUGGGGUAGGGCUUACAAAGUUUAUAUUUAUAACCAUAGCUACAUUUUUGCUUGACAGAGUUGGAAGAAGGCGUCUACUGCUAAUAAGCACAUCAGGAAUUGUAGUAUUCCUGACACUGUUAGGAACUUGCUUGACAGUAGUUGAGUAUCAUACAGGGGGAAAAGUGAUAUGGGCCUUAAGCCUCAGCAUUGUCUCUACCUACAUAUUUGUGGCAUUUUACAAUAUUGGGUUAUCACCCGUGACAUGGGUUUAUAGUUCUGAGAUACUCCCAUUGAAGCUGAGAGCACAAGGGUAUAGCAUUGGUGUUGCUGUGAACAGGCUUAUGAACGCUACAAUUUCUAUGAGUUUUAUUUCACUCUACAAAGCAAUUACUAUAGGUGGAGCCUUCCUCUUGUUUGCUGCUGUCUCUUUCAUUGGCUUGUUAUUCUUCUAUUUUCUUUUCCCUGAGACUAAGGGAAGGUCCUUGGAAGAAAUGGAAGAGCUAUUUAGCAAGGGUACUAGGGCUAAAAAUGAGAAUGUGGAACUUCAAAAUGUGUAAAUUAAUGAUUAUAAUUUAGUAAUAUUCAGAUAUAGAUAUGAGAACCAUCAAA